UUUUUCACCGUUUUCUUCAACAUGGGCUCCAUUACGAAUGACAAUUACAAACCUCCGCUGGACAAGACGCCACGCGUUCCCAAAAGUAUUACAAAGUCCCGCAUCAAUAACUUCAUGGCUAGCGAAAGUCAAUUCUUUGAUAUGGGCAUCCAGACAGCCUUCUGGGAACUCCGAUUAUCUGGUGAACCGCACGUAACUUUAUUCGUGUACAAUGUUCCUGAUACUGAGCGUAUAUCGUUCCAGGACGCUGUUUCACGAAAAUUUGAAAAAUUCAAUGUGCAGGAGACCGAAUUUGCACCGAUCUGGUCCACCCACUGGUUCCAUGUUGAUGUCCUUAUUCCCGACGUUAUGAAUAACCGUAAAGUUGUCUUUCAGUGGGAUAUGGAUUGUGAAGGCAUGGUCUGGAGCACCGACGGCGUGCCGCUGCAAGGUCUUACAGGAGGAACUGACCAGGCGCGCCAUGAAUAUAUCCUAUCGAUGAAUGCCAAGGCCGGCGAAAGAUAUAGCUUUUUUAUAGAGGCUGCCUGUAAUGCCAUGUUUGGCUUGAGCUAUGGUGAUUCGAUGGUCCCUGACCCUACUCGCACCUACAAGAUCAAGACCGCGGAUUUGGUGGUACCUAAUGAAGACAUCCAAGCGCUUUACCAUGACUUGAGCAUUAUCCAAGGAAUUGCCUAUGAUACGGAUGACGAUUCGCAGCGAGCUCGGCGAGCUUUGUGGCUCGUCAAUGAAGUGAUUGAUCGCUUCCAUGCACGCAGUGAUGAAUCUAUUAAGCAAUGCUUAGCUUUGACGCGAGAAUUCUUGUCCAUGCAUAAUGGUGGCAGUCAGCACAAAGUGACGGCAAUCGGUCAUUGCCAUAUCGAUACCGCGUGGCUAUGGCCAUAUGACGAAACCAAGCGUAAAAUAGCACGUUCAUGGUCCAGUCAGAUCGAAUUAAUGGACCGUUAUCCAAAUUUUAUCUUUACCGCUUCUCAGACCCAACAAUACGAAUGGCUUCGCGAACUCUAUCCGAUAGUCUUUGAAAAAAUCAUUGAGAAGGAGAAAGCCGGCCAAUGGGAAAUUAUCGGCGGUAGCUGGGUUGAACAUGAUACCAAUAUGCCUAGCGGUGAAUCUCUGUGUCGCCAAAUGCUGUUAGGUCAACGGUUUUUUGAAAAAUACUUUGGCAAGCGGGCAAAGGUGUUUUGGUUGCCUGACUCCUUUGGCUAUUCUGGACAGUUACCCCAAAUCCUCAAGCAAUCGGGAUGUGAUUACUUUUUCACACAAAAGCUUUCCUGGAAUAACAUUAACAAGUUUCCUUUGACAACCUUUUGGUGGACUGGGAUUGAUAACACCAGUAUCCUUGCUCAUCUUACUCCAGCGGAAACCUACAAUGCGGCCGUCACUCCAGCGGAACUGCACAAAUGCGUCGUUAACCAUCAUGACAUUGAGUAUUCCAAUCAAAGCUUGCUUGUCUUUGGUAACGGUGAUGGCGGAGGUGGACCCGCUCCAGAAAUGCUUGAACGCCUCAGCCGUGUCAGAGAUGUGGACGGUAUUCCCACUUGCGUCCCUGGGACUGUACAUGGAUUUUUUGAAGAACUUGUAGCAAAAUCAGACAGGUUGCAAUCUUACAAAGGAGAACUGUAUUUGGAAUUCCAUCGUGGAACCUAUACCACCCAAGCUCUUGUGAAGUACGGUAACCGAAAGGGCGAAGUUUUGAUCCGUGACGUGGAAUUCCUUGCGACGAUGGCCAAGAUCAUUGGUAGAGACAAAUACCGAUAUCCCCGAGAUGAAGUUGACAAGUUCUGGAAGUAUAUUUGCCUCAACCAAUUCCAUGACUGCUUACCUGGAUCGGCUAUCGGUUUGGCCUAUAAAGACGUUCACAAGUUUCAUCGAGAAGUUAUUUCUCAAUCUUUAUUGCUGCGCCAUAAUGCGCAAUCUGCGAUUAUGGCUUAUCAUGCUACGGCAGCACCGAAAGCAACUGCUGAGAAUGAAGGAAUCCUUGUUUUUAAUACAUUGCCUUGGGCAAGAACGGCUGUUGUUACGGUUCCCGAAGCUCAAACAUCUUGGUCAAAUCAACAAUGGGAAGACGGUCAUGAGCUGGUUGUCGUACAACAAGUACCAGGAUUUGGUGCGACGGGUUUCAUGGGCACGGCCACUUACUUCCCCGAAAUAGGAGCAGAAAAAGCUGCUAAAGCGUAUCGACUGGAAUCUGGCCUAUUUGUGCUUGAAAAUCCUCUUUUGCAAGCCACAUUUAACAAGGAUGGUCAAUUGGUGCAACUGAUUGACAAAACGUCAGACAGGUUACCUUUAAUUCCCCAGAAUAGCAAAGGCAACAUGUUGCAGCUUUAUGAGGAUGUGCCUACAAAUUGGGAUGCGUGGGAUGUCGAAAUUUAUCAUUUGCAAAAGUACCGCAGCUUGGAAGGCAACGGAACUCUAAAGAUUGUUUCGAGCGGACCGUUGAAAGCCGAACUUGAAUUCCGGCAACCGAUUUCCAAUGCGAGUUACAUCCAGCAACGCAUCAGUUUGACCUGCAUCGGCAAACGGAUUGAAUUUGAUAACUUUGUCGAAUGGCAUGAAGAUCGUCAGUUCCUGAAAGUUGAAUUCACUUGGGAUAUCAAUUCAGAUCAUGCUACGUACGAUAUUCAAUAUGGUGUACUUCGUCGUCCGAAUAUCUACAAUACCACUCACGAUUCAGCCCGAUUUGAAGUAUGCGGUCACAAAUUCGCAGAUCUAUCAGAGGCAAGCUAUGGUGUUGCCUUAUUGAACGAUUGCAAGUACGGUUAUGCAACGCACGGCAAUGUGCAGCGCCUAUCCCUGCUGCGCUCACCUAAAGGACCUGACGACCAAGCCGAUAUGGGGCAACACAAGUUCCGAUAUGCAAUCUACCCACAUUCGCAGUAUUUUGCUGCCUCGGACGUGAUGCAUGAAGCUCUAGACUUUAACGUGCCGUUGUCACUUCGUUAUGCCCAAGGAAGCGAAUCCGAAAUCAAUUUCACACUAGGCUCCAUGUUCGUGGUCACUCCUUCCAAUCGUAUCAUCAUCGAUACAGUUAAACUGGCGGAAGAUGAUAAUGAUCGCGGUAAUAUCAUUAUCUUGCGUCUGUACGAGGGCUAUGGUGGGCAAGCCUCAGCAAAACUGCAAUGUUCUUUGAACGUCAGCCGGAUGUUGGUUUCCAACGUCUUGGAAGAUGAUACUGAGAACGUUCUUGUAGCUCAACCGGACGGCUAUCAGCUCACCUUUAAAGCGUUUCAAAUAAUGACGCUAAAGGUGUAUUUGGCUGUAUGAUCCAAGCACACUUGUUUUUGCCGGGUGACACGAAAAAAGUUCUAGUGGAUGGUGGCACGGAUAGGCUGGUGCAACACUGUAAAGUUGUACUCCGCUCGAAUAAGACAAUCCAUAGUUUCUGUAUUCUUUUUUUUUUCUCGCUU